AGAAAGAAAUUAAAAAAAGUAAACAAAUAAUUCUCUUGAAUCAACCAUGACUACCAUUGCCGUUUCUGCUUCACUGCAAAGGGCCUGCAGCUCAAACAAUGUCACCAAAAAGCAACAGUCUCAGAUAAGAACUGCUCGCUCUAUUGGAACAAAGCAAAAGUCAAAUGUAGUUACUUUGAACGUGGAGGGCGACGUAGUUGGGCAACAAGAGAAGUCUUCUUUUCAAAUGGGUAGAUACUUGGAGCAUAGCUCAGAGACAGAAUCUCCCGCUCCAAAAUUCCUGGAUGAGCGUUGGAAGAAUGGCACAUGGGACUUAAACAUGUUUGUUCAGGACGGGAAGAUGGAUUGGGAUGGACUGAUUGUCGCAGAAGCAAGAAGGAGAAGUUUUCUUGAAAUUUAUCCAGAAUCAGCAACAAAUGAAGAACCAGUAGUGUUUAGGAGCUCAAUCAUACCUUGGUGGGCAUGGCUUAGGAGAUCAUAUCUCCCAGAAGCUGAGCUACUCAAUGGUCGAGCAGCAAUGGUGGGAUUCUUGAUGACAUACAUUGUAGACGCAUUGACUGAGCUAGACGUGGUUGGACAAACUGGGAAUUUGGUGUGCAAAGCAGGAGUGUUUUUGACAGUAGUUGGUGUCAUACUGUUGAGGCAAACCGACGAUUUCACCAACCUCAAAAACUUGGCUGACGAAGCCACUUUGUAUGACAAGCAAUGGCGAGCCUCUUGGCAACACCAAAAUUCCGAUACUGGAAACAAAAUUUAGUUGCCAUAAAAUUCCUUGUAUUCUGUGUGUCUUAGUAUAUUUACAUACAUACAUUCAACAGGUUUCUAAUCUCUGUUAAUUGAAUUAAAUUUUAUUUUUUUGGGUC